GACGUCAGCGUGGCGGAGAGGAAUACUGGGAGAGCCGGAAGCACCGCGGAGGGAGAGAGCGCAGAUCCCUGUAACGAGCCUACCUGCGCAUCAACGGACCACCCGGGAUUUCGCACUCUUUGUCUGGUCGGGGAUACCUGUCUCACGCGUGUUGCUGUGACCAUGUGGAAGGCGGCAGCAGGACAGUCGGUCAACGUGGCGCUGAACGAGGGCGGGGACGACUGGGAGACCGACCCCGACUUUGAGAAUGACGUGUCGGAGAGGGAGCAGCGCUGGGGGGCCAAGACGGUGGAGGGCUCGGGACACCAGGAGCACAUCGACAUCCACCGGCUGCGCGAGACGGUGUCCACGGAGCACACCAGCCAGAAGCGGAAGGAGCAGGACUCCAUGCCCAAGGCCUCGCACGGGUACGGGGGCAAGUUUGGAGUGCAGCAGGACCGCAUGGACAAGUCGGCUGUGGGGCACGACUACCAGAGCCAGCUGUCCAAGCACUGCUCCCAGACGGACACGUCCAAGGGCUUCGGGGGCAAGUUCGGAGUGCAGGCGGACCGCGUGGACCAGUCGGCUGUCGGGUUCGAGUACGCCGGCAAGACGGAGAAACAUGCUUCACAGAGAGACUACACCACCGGGUUUGGGGGGCGCUACGGCGUGCAGGCGGACCGCGUGGACCAGAGCGCCAUGGGCUUCGAUUACCAGGGGAAAACCGAGAAGCACGACUCCCAGAAAGAUUACACUAAGGGCUUCGGCGGCAAGUUUGGUGUUGAGACCGACAAGGUGGACAAGAGCGCCGUGGGCUUUGAGUACCAGGGGAAGACUGAGAGGCACGAGUCCCAGAAAGACUACGUGAAGGGCUUCGGGGGGAAGUUCGGCGUGCAGACGGACCGGCAGGACAAGUCGGCGCUGGGAUGGGACCACCAGGAGAAACUCCAGCUGCACGAGUCCCAGAAAGAUUACUCCAAAGGGUUUGGGGGGAAGUUUGGCGUGCAGAAUGACCGCAUGGAUAAGAGUGCCGGGACCUUCGAGGACGUGCAGAAAGUCUCGUCGUCGUACCAGAAGACCAAACCCACGGAGGCCGCUGCCAACAGCACGGGCAGCAUCAAGGCCCGCUUCGAGAACAUCGCCAAGCAGAAGGAGGAGGAGGACCGGAAGCAGGCCGAGGAGGAGCGAGGCCGCCGGCAGGCCAAGGAGAAGCAGGAGCAGGAGGAGGCCCGUCGGAAGAUCCAAGAGGCCUCCGAGGCCCCCUCCCCUCCACCCUCCCCCAGUCCUGCCGCGAGCCCCAGUCCGACCCCUCCGGUCCAGCCGCCCGCCGCCGCGGUCUACCAGAAUACGCAGGUGGUGUCCCGGGAUGAGGCGGAGGAGCAGCUGUACGAGUUGGAGCCUCAGAGUGAGGAGGACCUCUACCAGAACCCCCAGGACCCCCAGGAGGCCACAGAGACCACAGGGUCACAGCCCAGAGACGCUCAGUACGGCGGCGAGGACCUCGGCGUGACAGCGGUGGCGCUGUACGACUACCAAGCAGCCGGUGAGGACGAGAUCUCCUUCGACCCCGAUGACAUCAUCACCAACAUCGAGAUGAUUGACGAGGGCUGGUGGCGGGGCGUCUGCCGCGGCGCCUACGGCCUCUUCCCCGCCAACUACGUGGAGGUUCGGCAAUGACGACGCCGUUGCCACGACGACCCGCAUCCCCCGUGUCACCUGUGUGUCUCCUCGCCGCCUUUCCUCUGCUGCUGCCCCCCCCCGCCCCCCCCCCGCAGAGAGGACGUUCAGUCGGAACCGAACAUCCGGCUGAGGACCAAAAAGCAGCUUCGCCUCCUCGUAGUCAGCACAGGAGUUUAAACCCGCCGCCCACAGCAUCGCUUCCAUGAACACCCAAAUACGCAUAUGAUUAUUAAUUAAUACAAUCAUCUGCAUCCUUUAUGAGGCUGAGAGGUGUGUGUGUGUGUGUGUGUGUGUGUGUGCGCGCUCAUUAUUUUGGGGGUUUUAUAAUAAAGAAAUUAAAGUGACCUUUUCAAAUACAUUAUUUUUAUCUCUACCUGCUUGAGUCACAUUAUCAGCUUUUUGUUUCAAUAAAUAAACUAUGGAUUAUCA